GAAGAAAGAAAGAAAGAAAGAAAGAAAGAAAGAAAGAAAGAAAGAAAGAAAGAAAGAAAGAAAGAAAGAAAGAAAGAAAGAAAGAAAGAAAGAAAGAAAGAAAGAAAACAGAAUAUUACCCAAUCUUUGUCCUUCCCAGAAAAGGGCAUGUCCUUUCGCUUUCCUUUCUGGUCAACCUGACUCAUCACUGGAUGAAUGGCUUUAACACCCAGCCUACCUUUCAUCUUUAAAAGAGAAGAAUCCGUUUGCAGAGGAGCCAAACGCCAGAGGAGCUUCUCCUGCGCCCAGGGCAGCUGAGAACGUGAUCCGCGGUGUAUCACCAGCGCCACCUUCCCAUGGCAUCUGGACCCAGCAUGAUGAACCCUGUCUGUCUGGUGAAAAGACAGAACAGCCAGAUGACAGUAAAUCCAAAUGCACUGAAGAUUCUCGACCAGAUAUCUCAGCCUGUGGUGGUGGUGGCCAUAGCAGGGCCGUAUCGGACGGGAAAGUCCUACUUGAUGAACCGCCUGGCGGGACAGAACCAUGGUUUCUCUCUGGGCUCCACGGUGAGGUCUGAAACGAAGGGCAUCUGGAUGUGGUGUGUGCCCCACCCCUCCAAGGAGAGCCACACCCUGGUCCUUCUGGACACCGAGGGCCUGGGUGAUGUGGAAAAGGGUGACUCAAAGAGCGACUCGUGGACCUUCGCCCUGGCUGUGCUUCUGAGCAGCUGCCUUAUCUACAACAGCAUGAGCACCAUCAACCACCAGGCCCUGGAGCAGCUGCAGUAUCCUUCCCGGACCGGAAGCCCCAGGUCCAGUUCACUGAGUCGGGACACGCUGCAGGGGCUGCUGGAGGUGCACACGGCCUGCGAGAGGGAAGCCAUCGCAGUCUUCAUGGAGCACUCCUUCAAGGAUGACAAGUGGGAGUUCCAGAAGAAGCUUGUGGUCACCAUCCAGAAAAAGAAGGAAGACUUCUUGGUGCAGAAUGAAGAGGCCUCUGUCAAAUACUGUCAGGCUGAGCUUCAGAAGCUUUCAGAGCCCUUGACUGAACAUUGUUUGAAAGGAACUUUCUUUGCUCCUGGAGGACACAAGCUCUACUUAGAAAUAAGGAACAAGUUUGAACAGGAGUAUAUGCUGCUGCCCAGGAAAGGAGUCAAGGCAAAGGAGGUCCUGCAGAGCUUCCUGCAGUCCCAAGAAGGAGUGGAGGAAGCCAUCCUGCAGGCAGACAAAGCCCUCACGGAUGGCGAGAAGGCUGUGGCAGUUGAACGUGCCAAGAAGCAGGCAGCUGAGAGGAAGCUAGCAUUACUAAAGGAGAAACAGAAUGAGGAAGAGCAAAAACUGGGGAUGCAGGAGCAAAGCCUUAAGGAGAAUCUAGCGCAGCUGGAAGAGAAGAUGAAUAGGGAGAGAGAAGACCUUCUGAGACAGCAGGAGGGGGUGCUGGAGCACAAGCUGAAGGUAGGUCUGGAGGGGCCUGGGCGGCACCUGAUGGAUGACACCCCAGCUCCUUGGGAAGAAAGGAGCAGAAAUUCUACGUAAAGUCAGAUCCCACAGGGAAAUCCAAAGACAUUUGAUUCAUUGUAACAUCAAAGUGAUGUGGACCGAGCAGGAGGCUUAUGUCUGUAAGACUCAGCACUUCCUGUAGUGUUAGGGUUCACAGGGUCCAAAUAACAUGACCUGGGUUCCUAGGCUGCUAUUUGUGGUGACCAUAGGGUCUCACUUGCCCCCAAGUGAACAGGACUUCAGUCCUGUGGUUCUUAGGACUUUCAGUACAACCAUCAGAGGCGUGAAAUAGACCUGCCCCUGAAAGUACCAGAUUGUGCCUUGUAGGAAGGACUGGAGGCUGAAAGCUCUA